AUGAACUACUAUGAUGAAGAGAUUCCAGUGAAUGCUAUGACUGGAGCGGUGGGCAUGAAACCACCUUCAUCCUCGAACAAUGCCAAGGUAGAACGUAUCUCUAGUCGCGGAAGCAAUAGCGAUAAAGCAGCGGCUGCCUUGGGUAGCGGCAGAUCUGUUAUGGCUGGUGGUGCUGCCCAACAACGAGCAGGAAGUGGAAAUGCAUUACAACGUAGCAGUAUGGAUAUGGUUGGAAGGCCUCGACAAAGGACAAUGUCUUCACAGAUCCAUGGCAACUCCACCGAUGAUGAUGGUCUGUUGCAGGACAUUUUGGACCACGACGAUGACGAAGAUGAUGACGAUGAGGAGGAUGAUAGUGAAAUACAAAUGGAAGCCAAGCCCUCCAUACAACCCAUACACAAAGAAUCCCCACCGGAAUUUAUGAAACGUAAUAGUGGUGGUGCAGUUGGUGGUGCUAUGGCCCGCACUAACCCCCUACGUCCUGGUAGCUCUCGUAUGAAAAUGAAUCUACCAACAGCAAAGGUGUUGGAUAACGAUUCCGAAGCCUCUGAGACGGAUAGUGAAGAAGGUGGCGGAGAUGAGUCAAAGGGAGCCGCAGGAGACUACACUCCCAAUUGGGAUGCCGCACAAAUGUCCAUAACACCUGAUAAAUGGGAAGCUUUGCAAGUUCCCCAAGAAGUUAAGGAUCUGUUCCCUUAUAUUUUGAAAUAUAUUCCGCAGCACAUUGAAACGGCCUAUCACUUGCAACCUUUCAUCCCCGACUUUGUACCAGCUGUGGGUGAUGUUGAUGCCUUCAUCAGGGUAACAGAACCUCCAAUGCUCAGCCCUCAAAGGGGACGUGAGGUAGAAGAACAUUUGCAGAAACUUGGCCUUUACUUUCUCGAUGAACCUUCGGGUAGCCAAAGUGAACCGAGUCUGUUAAAUAUGAAACUGCGAUCCGCCCUCACGGGUAGUGGCAGUCAUGCCCGUUCCUCAUCGGCUACCAUGGUACCCGUGGCCAAAUCGAAUAAAGACAUCGACAAAUGGAUAAACGAAGUGGAACAGGUCCAUAUGACACAAUCCGUUUAUGAUGUCCAGCCACGUAAGGACAUCGAGAACAUCAUUAUCGAUUGGCCACGUUCAUAUGCCAGCGUGGCCGGCACUGUUCAGCAGGCUUACCAACAAUGUGCGGCUGGCCAACAGACGGUCAUUGAUUAUGUUCGCGUCCUCUGUCAACAGUUUGAGCUACAGGGACCACUUGAGACACAGGCGGACUAUUUGUUGAGCGUGCAAACAUUGUUCGCUUUAUAUUUGGCGGCCAAUCAGGCAUGGGAAUAA